AUGUAUGUAUUUGCAGAACCUAAAGUGAACAGUGUGGAUGACAGUGGAAGAAAUGUGGCUGCUGGAAACUCUACAAACACAGCAGGAUCUGCUCCAUCUGCAGUGGGUCCAACUCUGGGUGGACUAUUUGCUGGGGGAUUUCCUGUACUCAAACCAGUGGGACAAAGAGACAAGCAGCCACAUCACAACCCGGUGUCUCGCUCCGGCUCUACCGCCAGCCUGAAGCAGCCUCUCUGGAACCCUCCAUCACAGGAAGACGGGUUCAGAGGAAGCGCCCCUGAUCUUUCCCCCUCCCACAAACCUUUGGAAAGAGCCUCCUCACUGUCAAAAACUCGGCCUAUUUCCUCAUACACAGCCCCUCCCUCCCCAAGCCAAACUACACAUCCUUCUUUCAAACUGUCUUCUACUCCUCCUUCUUCUGCCCCUCCACCUCCUCCUCAGGAGCGGCCCAGUAAUAGACCACCUCCUCUCCCCACCUGCCUUCCCCCACCCCCUCCUCCUCAAAUGGCAAAACCCACUUGGUUACCCGUCCAAUCACACUCCAUUCCCAUGCCUACGUCUCCGCCUCCUCCACUGCCUCCCUCGGUUCCUGCGUUCUCACUUCCUGACAGAUCGUCUGGGGUCUUCUACCCUCCGCCCCCUCCACCGCCUCCAUCAUUCCCUCUGUCCUCGCUCCCUGACAGAUCGUCUGGGGUCUUCUACCCUCCACCCCCUCCACCUCCUCCAUCAGUCCCUCCAUCCUCUCUCCCUGAUAGGUCAUUUGGGGUCUUCUACCCUCCACCACCUCCGUCCUCACUCUCUAACAGAUCAUCUGGAGUCUUCUUCCCUCCGCCCCCUUCUCCGGGGCCAUUAGAAAUGAAGGACAGUUCUUUAGGGCCUCCUCCCCCACCUCCUCCUCCUCUUCCUGCUUCGUUUGCAUGCAGUCACCUCUCCUCAGCACCGCCUCCGCUACCUCAGAAAGUACCUCCCAUGCCUUCACCCACAUACAGGCCCAGCGUACCACUUUUGCCACCGUCUUACCCCUGUACCGCCCCCAGUAGACGACCUCCUGCAGUGCCACGUUUUGCAGGUGCUCCACGGAUGGCUCCACCCCCUGCUCCCCCUGCUCGGUCUCCUAACACUGAACUCUCCAGUAGGAUCCCACCCCCUCCUCCUCUCCCACUGUCAGCUCCGCCCAGCUCAGUACGCAACGGACACCUGCACAGCUUAGAUGACUUUGAAUCGAAGUUUCACUUCCAUCCUAUUGAGGACUUCCCCCCUCCUGAAGAGUUCAGGCCCUUCCCACGUACCUACCCCAGCAAGGAGAACAGAGUCAACCCACAACCUCCUGCCAUGAGGACUCAUUUAAGAUGAAAUGGGACAAUAUGAAGUUUGGUGCUAACCUUUUGCAGGACAUAUUUUAAGCAUCAUCCUCAUCGUCAGUGAAGAACAGCAGACAAAUCUGUAGGUCAAACCAACUCACUCAAGCACCACUUUAUCAAUCACAACUGCAUUAUCUGUGAAAACAUUCUAGUUUGAUGUAAAAAAAAAAAUAAUAAUAGUUUUUUUUUUUGGUCAUCCACAUUUCAAGAAAUUGUUUCCCUAUUACAGAUGCAGCCAUAUUAAAACCCCUGAUUCGUAUAAAAAGUGUUUACCUAUCUAAUACAUUUUCUUCAGUCAAUAAUAAGUGUUUUAACAUUUAAUAUGUUUCUGGAACAAAUAUAUUAUGCCUAUUCAAUUUGCUUACCAUACCUGACAAGGCUUUUAUUAAUUAUCCUAUCAGCUUUUAACAUAACCUGAAUAGAUUAAAAGGGCAAAUUAUUAGAUGACUAACAGAAUAAAAAUGAGAAAAAAAUGGAGAUUAAAACAUGGCUUAACAAAAUAUGGCAAAAGGAAAGAGUGUUAAAUCUGUGCAUACAGAUUAGUGUUACUGUUUCAAAUAAAGGGCAUCAGUUUUUGUAAAAUGGAAGAAAGUUAACCACUAAGAGUGAAACCGUGUUUUAGGCUUAAGGUGAGCAGAAUAAAUGUUUGAAAUGGAUGAAACUAUAAAUAGAAAAGUAAACAAAGUUACAUUUCUAAAACUAACAAGUGAGUUUAUUAGACCGUAUUGUCCUGUUUCUGAUUCUUGUGGCUGCUGGAGCCCUUUGUUACUAACUCUUCAUCUAACUCAUUAAAUCAAGACUUUCUAAUACACCAAAGAAAAAAUACUCUUUGUUUUUCCUCAUUCUAAGUUUCAUUUUUAAAUCUAUCUGUAUUUGAAAUCUGUGCCAGUAUGAAAUGCUGUAUUAAAGCUCUGAAUCAAGAGGAAGGACACAUGUGAGACCCUGGGAAACAGUGCCACCCACUGGACAUGCUUGCAAUUUAUUGCUCUGACUGAAUAAAUCAUCAUUUAACUCAAAUAAACAUUACAACUUGUUUCU